AUGUCUACAUCCGCUUCCUCCACACGUGAACCUAAACAGACGGAGAAGGACGCUGAGGUCAAUAUAGGUCUAGAGGGAGGUGCUGAUCCUCCUCCCUAUGAAACAGAUACCCUGUCACAUUCGGUCCGGACAAGAGUCGCGAGAUCCGUCAAAGGUUACUUCUUCCCGGUCGACCCUCCGCCUCCAAAAGCCAGUGUUGACGAUGCCGACUACACUCCCGAAAUGCACGCUAGCUUUCUCAGCAAUCUGACCUUCGCCUGGCUUGAUCCUCUCAUGAAACUCGGCUUCGCACGCCCACUCGAAGCACCCGAUCUCUGGAAAUUGCAGGACCACCGCUCGUCUGCCGUCAUUGCCGACAAAAUCCUCAAUUCCUUCGAAGCUCGUCAGGCCAAGGCCAAGGCCUACAAUGCACAAUUGGCUAGCGGCGAGAUUCAACCCGCGGCCAGCAAACGUCUGUGGUGGAGACUGACAAGAAACACGGAGCAGAAGACGGAGGCAUGGAAAGCCACACAGACAAAGAAACCAAGCCUGGCUCGAUCGGUGAACGACAGCAUCGGUGCUUGGUUUUGGUGGGGCGGUGUCUUCAAGAUCGUCGGAGACAUGGCUGAAAUCACCAGCCCAUUGCUCAUCAAAGCUCUGAUCAACUUCGUCGCCCUUUCGUUCACUGCGCAUCAACUUGGUGAGGCCGCUCCUUCCAUCGGCAAAGGGAUCGGCUACGCCUUUGGCCUCCUCGCUUUACAGACCAUCGGCUUCCUCGCGAACCACCACUUCUACUACCGAUCCGCUUCAUCCGGUGUCCUGGUUCGCGGUGGUCUCAUCACGGCUAUCUAUUCACGCUCCUUACGCCUGACGAACCGCUCGCGAGCCACGAUAUCCACAGGCCGUCUUGUAAACCACAUCUCCACCGAUGUCACCCGGCUCGAUUCGUGCUGCCAAUACUUCCAUCUCGUUUGGACCGCCCCCAUAUCCAUCAUCGUAAUUCUCGUCCAGCUGCUGGUGAACCUAGGACCUAGUGCUCUGACAGGUCUGGCAGUCUAUAUCUUCCUGGCGCCUGUUCAGGCAGUGUUCAUGACGAGCUACAUCGCGAUGAGAGGGAAGAUCAUGGCGUGGACGGACAAAAGAGUAAAGACGUUACAGGAGAUGUUGGGAGGCAUGAAGGUUAUCAAGUAUUUUACCUGGGAGAUUCCCAUGAUGAAGAGGAUUGGAGAGUACAGACGAAAGGAGAUGGGAUAUACCAGAUCGCUGCAGCUCAUUCUAGCGGCCAACACUGCCUUAAUUUUGUCAACGCCUACCAUAGCCGCUAUGGCCGCCUUUCUCGUCUACGCGGCGUCAGGCCAUUCUCUCAAUGCCGCCAAUAUAUUCACAUCUCUCAGUCUUUUCAAUCUCCUACGCACCCCGCUCACUAUCCUUCCGAUGUCCCUUGGCUUCCUCGCAGAUGCGCAGAACGCAGUCUCCCGCCUCCAAGAGGUCUUCGAAGCCGAACUCGUCACCGAAAACUUGGCUAUUGAACCAUCUCUCCCAAAUGCAGUCGAAGUCAAGGCCGCAUCCUUCACAUGGGACGUCGGCCCCGCAGACACCACUGAACCAGCUGGCACCACAAAACCUGAGACGCGCGCUUUUGACAUUCAGAACAUUAGCUUCUCUAUUCCUCGCGGCUCCCUAACAGCUAUCGUGGGUCCUGUUGGAUCUGGAAAGACGUCGUUAAUCCAGAGUUUGAUAGGUGAAAUGCGGCGGACGGAUGGGACUGUGAAAUUCGGCGGGAGUGUGGGGUACUGCUCGCAGAUUGCAUGGAUCCAGAAUGCGACGAUCAGGGAAAACGUAUGUUUUGGUAGGCCUUUCGAAAGCGAUAGGUAUUGGAAGGCAGUCAAAGAUGCGUGUUUGGAGACGGAUUUGAACAUGUUUCCGAAUGGGGAUUUGACUGAAGUUGGGGAGAAGGGAAUUUCGCUUUCUGGCGGACAGAAGCAGAGGUUGAGUAUCGCACGCACCAUCUACUCAGAUUGCGACAUCAUGAUUUUUGACGACCCCUUUUCCGCCCUCGACGCACAUGUCGGCACGUCAGUCUUCAAAAAUAUUCUACUUAACGCUACACAAGGGAAGACUCGCGUUCUGGUUACCCAUGCCCUCCACUUUCUACCUCAAGUUGACUACAUCUACUCGCUCGCGGAUGGCCGAAUUGCCGAACAUGGGACAUACGACGAGCUUAUGGCGCGAAACGAGGGUCCGUUCUCGCGUUUCGUCCAUGAGUUCUCAUCCAAGCACGAGAGAGGAAAUCAACAGAAGUCGGACGCUGUGUCUGAAAUGGAGGGCGAAAAGGCCGAAGAUGACGAACAAAUCGAGGAGGUAGUCAAAGGAGCGCAGUUUAUGCAAGAGGAAGAACGGAAUACGGGCAAAGUUAGUUGGCGCGUGUAUGAGGCAUUCCUGAGAGCGGGCAAUGGACUGUUCCUCGUCCCUGUUCUGUUGUUCACGCUGGUGAUAACGCAAGGGACGCAGGUAAUGUCCUCAUAUUGGCUUGUGUAUUGGGAGGAAAACAAAUGGAACAGGCCCACGGGGUUCUAUAUGGGCGUUUAUGCCGCACUAGGUGUCGGCCAGGCUUUGACGAACUUUGUCAUGGGGAUAGUAACCGCAUUUACCAUUUACUUUGCAGCUCAGCGACUGCAUCAUGAUGCUCUCAAAAGAGUCAUGUACGCCCCAAUGUCCUUCUUCGAGACCACUCCUCUUGGCCGUAUCAUGAACCGAUUCUCUAAGGAUGUAGACACGUUGGACAACGUCAUCACGUCGUCGCUUAGCUCGUUUCUUACUAUGGCCUCCAGCGUAAUCGGAGCUUUCAUCUUGAUUGCCGUCGUCCUCCCGUGGUUCCUCAUCGCAGUCGCUGUCUGUGCCGUGCUGUAUGCCAUGGCGUCCAUGUACUACCGCGCCAGCGCUGUUGAGAUUCAGUGUCUAGAUGCCCUCUUACGUUCUUCCUUGUACUCCCACUUUUCUGAGUCCUUAGCUGGUCUUGCAACCAUUCGUGCAUAUGGAGAGUUCGAUAGGUUCUAUCGAGAGAAUGGAAAGCUCGUCGAUAUUGAAAAUCGCGCGUACUGGUUAACCACAGUAAACCAGAGAUGGCUUGGCAUGCGUUUGGAUUUCUUCGGGACAAUCCUCACCUUCGUCGUUGCAAUAUUGUCGGUCGGAACUCGAUUCACCAUAUCUCCUGCUCAGACAGGUCUUAUUCUCUCUUAUGUCCUACAAGUGCAAAUGUCCUUUGGAUGGCUCAUUCGUCAAUUGGCUCAAGUUGAAAAUGAUAUGAAUGCGGUCGAGCGUAUCGUUUAUUACGCCGAAAAGGUCGAACAAGAGGCGCCACAUGAAGUUGCUGAUCAUAAGCCUCCGCCAUCUUGGCCGUCUGCAGGAACCAUAGAGUUGAAUAGUAUAGCUAUGAAGUAUAGACCCGAGCUGCCGCCUGUGCUCAAAGGAAUUACUCUUUCAGUCGCGAGUGGCGAGAAAAUAGGGAUCGUGGGCCGCACGGGUGCUGGAAAGUCAUCGAUCAUGGUCGCACUCUUCAGGAUCGUGGAAGCGAUGUCCGGUUCCAUGAUCAUUGAUGGUGCGGAUAUCUCGAAGUUAGGACUGUACGAUGUGCGGAACGCGCUCUCCAUCAUCCCCCAAGAUGCUAUCCUAUUCUCCGGAACCCUGCGUAGCAAUAUGGAUCCCUUCGGAUUACACGACGACGCGAAGCUCUGGGACGCACUCAGACGGUCAUAUCUCGCGGACGACCCGAAACAUGCUCUGCCGGACUCCGAUCCAGGCGGUGGCACAGAUCCUCCUACAAGACGUACGAACCGGUUCCAUCUCGACAGUAAGGUGGACGAAGAGGGUGGGAAUCUGUCCGUGGGUCAGCGCUCGCUUGUCUCCCUCGCACGGGCUCUCGUGAAGGACAGCAAGAUUCUUAUCCUGGACGAGGCCACAGCGUCAGUAGACUACGAGACGGACAGAAACAUUCAAAAGACCAUAGCGACUGAAUUCCAGGACAGAACUAUCUUGUGCAUUGCUCAUCGGUUGCGUACUAUCAUUGGGUAUGAUAGGAUCUGCGUGCUGGAUGCCGGUCAAAUCGCUGAGCUUGACACCCCUGAGAAUCUUUAUCAUGUCGAGGGCGGUAUAUUUCGUGGUAUGUGUGAGAGAUCGGGAAUUUCGUUGGAUGACUUAAGGCGUGCGGCAUCGGAUGAUAGUAGAAAAGAAAUCGAGGAGUCGUGAGCUUCCACUCAUGCGAUUAGACCAGGACCCUGCUACAAUACCCUAAUGGCUUGAUGAUACAUCCCUGCUUAUUUCUGUUCAACCGCUCAUGUCCUGGGUCACCAGGUCUUGUUCUGACAUUACGCCCGUCACCCUGCACCGUAUGUCGACGUCUACACGGUACCUGC